AUGACGGAGGCCAGCAGUGCCCGCGGUCCCGCUCCGGGGGGACCCGCCGAGCGCCUCCCCCGGCAACUUGUAAAUGGAGAGAGAGACUUUGAGAAUGUGGAGCUGGGUGUCAUAGGAAAGAAGAAGAAAAUUCCAAGGAGGGUUAUUCAUUUUGCAAGUGGAGAAACAAUGGAAGAAUAUAGCACAGAUGAAGAGGAAGAUGAACAAGAGAAAAAAGACCUGUUGCCACCUGUAGAUCCUACAACACUCACAUGGGGACCCUACUUGUGGUUUCACAUGCUGCGAGUUGCCACAUCAACCUUAUCAGUGUGUGAUUUCCUUGGGGAAAAGAUUGCAUCUGUUUUGGGAAUAAGCACACCAAAAUACCAAUAUGCCAUUGAUGAGUAUUACAGAAUGAAGAGAGAGGAGGAAGAGGAGGAACAGGAAAACAAGCUGUCAGAAGAAGCAGAAAGACAGCAUCAGGAACAGCUGAACAAGCCACAUGCAGAAGCUCCUGUCCAGACAGACCAGCCUGAAGCAACAGCAUGCACUUCAUUCAUGAAUGUGAACUUUGAAAAUGAGGGAGCUUCCCAGUCCAUUGGGGAAAAUAAACAAGAUGUAGUUCCUGUCCCUCCUUAAGCAUAAAGGUCUGUAUAAUGUAGGAAAUAGAAGUGUCAGGUGCCACAAUCUGGCUAGAAGGAGCAGGAAAAAUAGGGUUAUAUUUGUUCAGUGAAAUAAAACUUCUUGCAUUCUUAUUGAUCAGGAGAGAGCUAGGCCCCGUCUGUUCAGUCUGUCCACCUAAUACAGGGUGAGGCAUUCUGCCAGAUUGGCACUUCAGUUAGAACAAAAAUUGCACUACAAACAUUUGAUCAAAAAUGGAAUGUGUGAGCUAAUUUCUGUGUAAAGCAAGUAAAAAUGACUUUUGUUUGAAUUGCUGUCUCUAACGCUUGUGGAUGCA